GCCAUGUGAGGCAGCUUGGAGAAUUUUUGGAUUUGAUUUAUUUGAGAUGCAUCCACCAGUAUUACCUUUGUCAGUUCAUAUUCCAGACAUGAACACAGUUUGUGUACGCCCUUAUGAACGUCUGGAUGUUGGUAUUGCAAGCGGUGUUUAUGGUAGGACUCAAUUAACUGAGUUCUUCCGUAUGAAUGCAGCUACUGAUAAUGGUCUUGGUUACUCAAAUGUAGAAUUUCCUGAACACUAUAAGUGGGAUGCUUCAGCAAAAUCAUGGCCCAAACGGCAAAAUAAAAAAUUGAUGAUAGGGCGAUUAGCUUUUGUCGCUCCUUCGGAGGGUGAACGCUUUUACCUUCGGCUUCUAUUACUGAAUGUCAAAAGUCCAAAAUCAUUCACAGACUUGCGCACUGUUGAAGGUUAUGUGUGUGCAACUUUUAAAGAAGCAUGUCUAAGAGCUGGCAUUUUGGAAGAGGACGAUGCUGUAAGCAUUUGUUUAGCAGAAGCAACUAAAAUUCAGCUCCCUCGGGCUUUACGUCGACUAUUUGCAACUGUUCUUAUAUUUUGUCAGCCAAGUAACCCUGAAGAAUUAUGGUUUAAAUGUUAUUCUGCAUUAUCAGAAUAUUUUGCACGCUAAUACUCUGGUGUUGAAAACAAAGUUAAAAGAUUAACUGUCAGAUCAGUAGAGCAGCAUUUAGAGGCCAUGGGCAAGUCAUUAUCUGCUUGUGGUCUGGCUGUUUUAAUGGAAGACACUGAUAACCAGAUUGAUAGAACAAAAGACAUUCAAGAUGCUUUAGAUGCUCCAAUUCCUCAAAAUUGUAUAGAAAGUCGUGGCUUGCUUAAUACGGCACAAAAGGAAAUUUUUACUUGUAUUAUGCAGCAUAUCGUAGAAGGAAAACUAGGGGAAUUUUUUGUAGAUGGUCCUGGUGGAACUGGUAAAACGUUCUUAUAUAAUUCAUUAUAUGCUGAGAUCCGCCUUAUGAAUAAGAUUGUUUUACCUACUGCUACGUCUGGAAUAGCUGCAGCAAAUAUUCCAUCAGGUAGAACAGCACACUCAAGAUUCAAAAUUCCAUUGGACAGUGAUGCUUCAUUAGCUUGCAGUGUUUCUAAGAAAAGUAGCCUGGCAGCGUUAAUAAAAGAAACAACUCUUAUAAUAUGGGAUGAAGCAUUUAUGGCAAACAAGCAAAAUCUAGAAUCUCUAGACCUUUUAUUACAAGACAUAUGUGAUAGUGAUGUGAUAUUUGGUGGGAAGGUAAUUGUGUUUGGUGGAGACUUUCGACAAGUGUUGCCUGUUGUUCCUAACAAGACUAUUAGAGAAGCAGUGGAAGCAAGUAUAGUGAGUUCUUAUAUAUGGCAGCAUUUGCGGAGAUUCAGGUUAACUGAAAAUCUAAGAGCUAGGAAGAUCCUUCAUUUUCUCACUUUUUACUUGCACUGGGAAACGGUGAACUGCAGACCAUGGAAAGUGAUUUUGUUGAGUUGCCACCUCAGAUAGUGCAGACUUUCCAGCCUGAUGCUGAUCCAAUAGAUGAGUUACUCGAAUCUUCUUUUCUAGAACUUGGUUCAGGUGCUCUGGACCCUCAAAUCUUUUCAAGAAGGGUUGUUCUAACACCUAUAAAUGACGAUGUAGAUACUAUAAAUCCGUUCAUGAUUGAGAGAUUCCCAGGACAAGCCAUAUCUUAUACAAGCUAUGACAGUGUCCUAGAUGAUAGUGGCAGCGUAUAUCCUACAGAAUUCCUGAAUAAACUAUGUCUAGGUGGAAUGAGCCCUCACAAUCUUGUGCUCAAAGAAAACUGCCCAGUAAUAUUGCUUAGAAACCUUCUACCAUCUUCUGGUUUUGCAAUGGAACGCCGCUUAUAUGUAAAAGGUUUUUCCCUAAUUUAAUUGAGUGCGUGAUUUCUAUCGGACAGUAUCAAGGGGAACAUGUAUUUAUACCCAGAAUUAAACUCAGACCAUCAAGUUCUCAGAAAUAUCCUUUCCAAUUUCAGAGGAACCAGUUUCCUAUCAAGCUCAGCUUUGCAAUGACUAUAAACAAGUCACAGGGGCAAACUUUAGAUAAAGUGUUAAUAUAUCUCCCUCGUUCGUGUUUUUCACAUGGUCAGUUAUAUGUGGCUCUCUCACGUGCACGGUCUGCAGAUAAGUGAAAGUUGUAUCAGUGGCUCCUACUUUACAGCAUUCAGAAAACUCUGUUAAAAAUGUCGUAUCUUAUGCUGUCCUAAAGCUAGCAGGAGUAAUUUAGGAGUAAUCUAGGUGCUGUUAGAUCAUUCCUAAAAUAAGCUAAGUCAUGUGCAAUCACUUUAGUAGUGGUCCAAUGUUGAAUUCCAAGU